GAAAAUGCACUUCAAAACUGGACAGCUUCUUGUUUUGGUGAUAUUAAGUUCCAUCCCCGGUCAAAUUUAUAUGGAUUCCACGAGAACAUGUAAAGGAGGAUGGGCCUCUUUCCAGUGGAGUUGUUAUUACUUUUCAACAUCAAAAGUUUCACUUAAAGAUGCAAUGUCAGCAUGUUAUGGGAUGGGCGCAGAAAUGUUGGAACUACAAAAUGCAAUUGAAGAAAAAUGGUUUGAUCUCCAAUUCCGACUACGAGGUUAUCAAGACCAGGUCUGGCUCGGUGCAAGUGAUAUCCAGCAAGAAGGAAAGUUUGUUUCUGUUUCAAAUGCAGAGAGACUACAUUACAGCCACUGGAUAAGUGGGCAGCCAAAUAACUCUGGAGGACUAGAACAUUGUGCUACAUAUUGGAUUCCAAAAAGAGGGAUGAAUGAUUCACCAUGCAAUCUCAAGUUUAAUUAUGUCUGCAAAAAAUAA